CCCAUUCCCAACAGGCAGUCUUUGUAACUAGCUUCACAGCUCUUAUAGUAUAUGGGUGGGAACAUAAUGCUGCCAUGGAUAAUGAUCAGGAAAAGAAAAUUACGGUAAGUAUGAACCAAUUAUCCUUAUUCCUGAUCAAUCAUGGUAGCAUUUACUCAUGGGGAAUACCCAAACAGUGUAUAUGUGUGUGUAUAUAUAUCAAUUUUUAUGCUAGCCUGGGUUCUCGCUUUUUUUGCCGGCUCACUCCCAGCAACCAAUCCUCAACCAGCUCUUGUCCCCAGCAACAGCUGUGUCACCUAAUCUGCCCAGCUACUUGUCCCCACUCUGCCCAACAACCUGAUCAGGGUCAUGAACUUACACUGAACUUUUCCUAUAGUAUUAACUUGAUCUAUUACCCCUCUAUUGCCACCAUGCAUAUAUGCCACAGUGCUUAAUGUCUGUGGCCUCUUGAUUGUUAUCAAUGAAUCCCUGUGUAUAAUGACUAUUAGAAUGUCAGCAAUGAACCCCUGUGUAGAGUGACUAUUAGAAUAUCAGCAAUGAAUCCCUGUGUAUAAUGACUAUUAGAAUGUCAGCAAUGAACCGCUGUGUAGAGUGACUAUUAGAAUGUCAGCAAUGAAUCCCUGUGUAUGGUGACCAUUAGAAUGUCAGCAAUGAAUCACUGUGUAUACUGAGUAUUAGAAUGUCCGCAACAAUCCCGGUGUAUAGUGACUAUUAAAAUGUUAGCACUAAAUCACUGUGUAUAGUAACUAUUAGAAUGUUAUCAAUGAAUCCCUGUGUAUACUUGAUUCGUUUACAAUGUUAGCAAUGAAUCUCUGUGUAUACUAGAUUAAUUUAGAAUGUUAGCGGUGAAUCCCUGUGUGUACGUGAUUCAUUUAGAAUAUUCAUUGAGAACGUUAGCAAUGGAUAACUGUGUAUACCUCAUUCGUUUAGAAUGUCAGAAAUUAUUCAUUGUGUAUAUUGGAUUAAUUUAGAAUGUUAGCAAUGAAUCUCUGCGUAUACUGGAUUCACUUAGAAUGUUAGCAAUGGAUAACUGUCUGUAUACAGUAUACUGGAAUAAUUUAGAAUGUUAUCUACUAUAGGGAAGGGGGCGGGUCUCUCGCUACGCCCCCUCCAUGCAGCUAUCAAGUCUCCAAGCUGGUGGUUCAGAAGUUUGGAGCGGUCACCAUGUCCGGAGAGUUGGAGUCUUUGGAGCAGGUCCUGCAGGGACAUAUCCCAGGCCAGGAGAUAAAGGAGGUCUGGAGGAUCCUCUAUGGCAAAGAACCCGGGUAAGGGAGUUGUAUAGUCAGAGCAUUCUGAUAUAAUAUACGGAGUAUUUAUAUCACAGUUUUGUCAGGAGGGCCGUCAUCACCUCUUGCCGCUGUUUAGCUGAAUUGUUUUGCCAGUAUUACUUAGAUCCCUAAUUUUAUUGUACAACGCAGCUGAAUAUGUUAGUGCUAUAUCCUGUCCUAGGAUCCUGGAUCUACCAGAUGUUGCUGUGAACGCUGCAUCCCAGGGGCAGUUUGAGCUGAAGGGCUUCAUCCUUGAAGCAGCUACAGAGCAACUUCGACGGCCCCGGAUAGUCAGAGUGGGGUUAAUCCAGAAUAAAAUUCAGACAGCCACCACAGAGCCUGUAGUGGAACAGGUAGGUGAUGAUGCUAUAUGCAGGUUUGUUAUGUUUACAGUAAGUGUAUGUAUGUAAAGUUGGUAUUAAAGAAAUGUGAGUAAUCACAAUGCAUGCAUAGUUUUUUAAUUUAUUGUUUUGAUUGAGCAUUGAAUAAUUGUUUAGGUAGAAUUACUACAUAAGGGUGGUAGAGAUACACGCAGUGAUUUUGUAUUCUAGUAGGUGUUGUGCUGUUAAUCAGUGUCUAUAAUACUGCACUAUUUUGAUCAUUUCUCUAUAUGUCCAGUGUAUUGUACAUUUGUGUUGGAGUUUAUGGAGUACAUGUGCUCUUGUUUGCAGAGAGUCCAAUGAUCACUUCCUUUGCACAGUAAGCUGGAAUGUAAACCAAGUUUUCUUUUCCCCCAGCAGUGGAUCAUAUUACUAAUCCAUUUGGAACAGUGCAUACUCAUAUUCCUGCAACACAUACUGUUCAGAUAAAUCCCAUAGGCUACUUUCAAAUUUUACAGAAGAGAUGAUGUUUAUAGCGCAUGUUAAUAUUUACAUAUAGGCCUCCUUGGGAUGUCCAGGAGGUUAGUAUUGUGAUAAAUUUGGAAAAAUAAAGUUCAGUCCCUCCAGGUGGUUCAUGUAUCAGAGCUCAAAUGACAUUAUUCUGCUGACUACUAACUCUUGUGAAAAGUGAUCUGUAAAAAAAAAAAAAAGUCUAAGCUUGGCACAGCAGUCCAUCUUCUCCAUAGCUAAUUAUUGCCUUAAAAUAUUGUGGGUAAAUAACAUAUGAACAUUUUAUCUAUUGACAAACCUGUAGGUGCCAAUGAUACCUGGCCAAUCAGCCACCUGUUAGGACUUGUACCCUGUGUCUGGCGAUACAUGAGGCACUCCCUCAGAGAAUCUAUGCAGAGCUGGCACUCAUGGCAUGAGCAAUGUGAUCUGUUCGUUAUGUCUGGCUAUAUUCUGCUACCUGCCACAGCAGCAAAAUAUAGCCUAGUAGUCCUACAGGCCCAGCUAAUACCAUCCAUGUACUGUUUACUCAAUUUUUAUUUACAGAGCAGUAUAAGCCUUACAUUCACAUCUUAUUUUUUUCCCACCACAGAUCUAUGCCCUGCACAAGCGCAUUGCUACGAUGGUGGAGGCAGCCUCUACAUGUGGUGUGAAUAUUGUGUGCUUCCAGGAAGCUUGGAGUAAGGAUUUAUCUAUACUUAUUGUUUAACCCCUUUUACACACACACCAGACCCUUGCAUGUUGACAAACAUGUAGUAACAUACAAUGCACAAAGUACCACAAUUAAUAUAAUGGUGUAACUUAUCAUUACAAAAGGGCUACUGUGUAUUUUUUUUUUAAUAUACACACUGUUAAGACAAUGUAUAUAGCAUGAUGUAGAUUGUGUUGCUGUAAAAUGAUACAUCUACAUACAUUAUAGGAACACUAUAGGUUAAGGAAAGCAAACAUGUAUUCCUGACCCUAUAGUAUUAAAAACACCAUUUAGCCCCACUGACCCCCUAAGUAUAGUAAAAUCGUACCUUUAUUCCAGUCUGCUGUUGCUGACUCUGCCCCGAUCUGGCUGCUUGGCUGAUAUAAUCAGAAGUGCUUUCCCAUAGGAAAAUAUUGGAUUGGCUAAGAUUGUCAUGGAGGCAGAUCAGGAGCAGAGCCAUCACAAGCCAAACACAGCCCGAGUCAAUCUGCAUCUCCUCGUAGAGAUGCAUUGCAUCAAUGCAUCUCUAUGAGGAAAGUUCAGUGUCUACAUGCAGAGGGUGGAGAGCCUGAAUGUCAAUUCUGCAGCACUGCCCCAGGUAGCACCUCUAGCAGCCAUCUGAGGAGUGGCCAGUGGAGAUAUCCCUAGGCUGAAAUGUAAACAUGGUCUUUUCUCUGAUAAGACAGUGUUUACUGACAAAAGCCGAAGGCAAUGAUUAUACUCACCAGAACAAAUACGAUAAGCUGUAGCAUCCUUUUAGCUAUAGCAUCCCUUUAAGUGUGAGAACGCCAACAGCAGAAAAAGUUAUACUUUGCUGAUACAAGGAAAGGACUAGUCUGUGGAGAGCUCCUGUAAAAUAGAAGAUGGUAACUAUUCAAAUCUUUCCUUCCUUCCCAAAGGACUCACAGAUAAACACAGGAAAGUGAGUCAUGUUUACAGUACUUAAAGGGCCACUAUAGGCACCCAGCUCAUGAAGUAGUCUGGGUGCAAUGUCCCUGUUCCACCUAGUCCUGCAAUGUAAAUUAUGGCAGUUUUUGAGAAACUGCAGUGUUUACAUUGCAGCACUAAGAGAGCCUGUAGUGAUUGUCUACCAGACAGCCACUAGAGGCGCUUCUGGAAUCUUACCAGACUUAAGAUCUCCACACUCUGCAUGAAGACAUCCAGCGUCAGUGAAAACCUCAUAGGAAAGCAUUGAUUCAAUGCUUUUCUUAAAGGGAGAGUCUCAUGUGCUAGUAGCGUGCUCUAUGCAUUCAGGCCUAAAUUGUGAAUAUCUCUUAACAAUGGAUGACUGCACAUGUAGCCUCUUGCAUCUACCUCUGGUGUCCUUGUUUGGAAGGGAGGCAGCACAAUGUAUGUGAUGUGUCUUACCUGCCUGAUGUCUUUGUAAAGGGAAUGAAAUAUCCCUUUACAGAACCAAAGGAUGAUGUAUUGUUAUGCUAUUUACAUGCAAUGGAGUAAAUGCACGCUUUAUUUUAGUUUUUUUCCCCCAUUUUGAUAAUUUCGCACUUUUGUCCCUUAGAUAUAAAUGAUUACUAGGCAGGUAAAUCUGUAACUGGCAGUUACACUGUAACCACUUGUAUCCGUUGAGAAGGGCACAAAAGGUCAAGGGGAAAAGAUUUUGCUUUGCUGUUGGUUUGUGAAAAGUAAAUAGCUAUACUGUACCUAUGACAAGUAUGCCACACACUGUAAAAUCUGAAACAAACUUUCACAUGAUUUAUUUCAUUAUUAUUUAUGUAGUAGAUCUAUGCAGUUCAAAAAGAGAUGCAACUUUAGAUUUAUUAGCUGCUGUAGGGUUAAUUCGUUUUUAAAAACAAUAAGGAAGACGCCUAUUUAUAGCCAAUCAUAUGACCACCUUUACAUAGUUCUGUAACAUUAAUUCCCUACUUUUUCCACAAUGAUUAUCCAAUAUUGGUUCUUUCCUUAACGCCCAGCGUGUCUGUGAUUUUAAAGUACCCACACUGCAUUUUUAUUAAAGGGGACCUGCUUACUUACACCCUAAAUACAGAGAUUUAAUUGUGAAAAAUGAAAUUAAAUGUUGAGAUCCAUACCUCUUUACAGUGGCGUACACACAACCCAUGGGGCCCCUCUAACUCCCCCCGCCCUCCGACAGACACACACACACACACAGACAGACACAUACAUACAGAGACACACACAUACAGAUACAUACAUAUACACAAACAACACAUACAUACAAAGACAUAUACAUACAGACACAUACAGACACACACGACAAACAUACAUACAAAAACACAUACAUACACAAAAAUACAUAAAGACAGACAGACACAGACAGUCACACACACACACACACACACACACGACAUACAUACAAAGACACAAACAUACAGACAGGCAAACAUACAGAUAGACAUAUACACACACACAUAAUAUUUAAGUCACCCUCCUGUUUCCUACCUUUUAAGUGCAGGAGGGUGACUUUCUCUGGGUGUCCAGUGGUGGCUCAGGUUGAUGGGAGUCAGAGUUCCCACUCUGACUCUCUAUGCUUCCUCCCGCGCAGGCUCUCAGUGAUAGCUGGGAGGAGUGAUGGGGAGUCACUUCCUCCCAGCUUGUGAAAAUCCUUACCCGUCGGAUGGCCCUGACAGCAUGGGCCACCCGAUGGGCACCUUGACAUGCAGCCCCGGCGGAUUGCCACGCAGGCCAGGGCCGCAAAUGAUGAUGGCGUGCACCCGGUCGCAGGGGUCUGCAGGGCGGCCGGGUCCCCUGGAGUGAUGGGCUCCGCUGUAUGUACGCCAGUGCCUCUUUAGCCUGCAACUGGGCACCUACAUCUCCAGCUUACUAAUGGUCAUUGUUACAAGCCUAUUACUUUGCAUAUGACAGAAAGCAUGCAAAGAAUAGGAGAAAUUAAGAAUCCUUUCUUCAUUUGCAAUGUUUGCUCUGGCUUUGCUUUAUCUGAACUAGAUUGCAAUAUCAUUUACUAAACAUUUAUUUUAAUAGAUUUAAUAGAUAUUGAACAAAACACUCAAACAUAACACUAGAAGUCAUUUUAUUUUUACUGCUAUUAUUCUGGAUAAAUAGAUUACCAGGAACCCCUAUUGUAAAACUCUAAAAAAAAAUAAAACACAAAUUUUUCUUUGUUACUCGCUUUUCAUCAGGUUCCAUCCAGUCUCACAGCUCCAGAUGUUCCUCCUCUUCUAAGAUCACCUUUACUGAUGAUCUCCUUUCUAAUCAAAUGCAUUAGGAACCUACUGGACAUGGGAGGCAAUCAUGGUGCUCAGAUGGUUCUCAUAGAUCAUGGGUUCAAGUACCCCCUAACAGUCCAGGAUUUAGGGAUUACCCUGUUGUCUCUAAAGUGUUUUUUGUUUUGUUUUUCUAAAAACACCUUAGACAAUUGGGUAAUCCCUAAAUCCUGGAAUGUAAGGGGGUACUUGAGAACUGGGUUGAGAACCGCUGUCAUAGAUGUAUUGAAUCCAAGACUUCACAGCAUCUGGCAGCAUUAUGCUGUGCGUGUAGACUCCAAACAUAAAGAUCUUAAAGGAGCACUAUAGUGCCAGGAAAACAAACUUUCCUUUCUCUAGCGCUGGGCUCCCUCUGUGCUAGGGAACUCUCCACCCCUUGCUGACGUCAGAUCCGAAUGCGCAUGAAAUGCUUUCUUAUGGACGUCAGCGUCUUCUCGCUGUGAUUUUCACAGUGAGAAUCGCGGAAGCGCCUCUAGCGGCUGUCAGUGAGACAGCCACUAGAGGCUGGAUUAACCCUCAGUGAAACAUAGCUGUUUCCUUGAAACUGCUAUGUUUUCAGCUGCAGUGUUAAAAUGAGAGGGACCUGGCACCCAGACCACUUCAUUGAGCUGAAGUGGUCUGGGUGCCUAUAGUGGUCCUUUAAAUUAUUUGAAGUCUUCACUAUGAGGUGCUCCUCACUUGUGCCUGGUUGGCAGCCACUAGAGGCACAUGAACUGACAUAUGUAAAAAUUGUCAUUUCCAACAAAUUGCAAUGUUUACAGUUGACUGACAACACUGGUAGGUUCCCUUUAAAAGAAGACAGAUCGCCACAUGGAAACAAAUAUUUAAGAUAAAUUUUUAGAAAAAUCUAAAUGGAGCAGUGUGCUGAAUGAUACAUUUUAUGGAUUAUAAAUCAUCAAGCAUAUCUUUGAUUACUGCGAAAGAAAACUAAAAAACACUAUAUAUGUAUGUCCUGAUGAAAGUCCACGACGAUGGACUGAAACGUUGACCUCUUUGAACAACUGGAUUAAAAGGUUUUUUUGAAUUCUUUUAGUACAUUGAAAGUCCUUGAGUGCUGACUUUUUUCUAAAACUAUACAUUUGUGCAGUCGAGCACCGGGCAAUUAAUAAGGAGAGCUGGAGUGCAACUCCUAUUAUUCUUUGUAUAUAUAUAUAUAUAUAUAUAUAUAUAUAUAUAUAUACAUACACACACAGAAAUUAGAAUUACAGUUUCCAUCCUUGGCAACGCCAACCAUUGCGCACAAGGUUUGUCACAUCUCCACCAUUUUGAACUAUCAGGUGAGAUGGACUCAUCUCAUGCAUGCUCUUUCAGUUACCACUAGCAUUUAUUCCUGAGGAAUAUUUGAAUGUCAUAGAACUGGUCUCUCUAGGUAAAUGGCAACUGAGAAUUGAAUGUGGACACAUUUUUCCCUCCCAGUAUUGUGUACAUAGCUUAUACCAAACAAUACACCUAAAUUACACCUGUAUCUUCUCUUCUGUUUAAUUGACUAAAUGCUUGUUACCAUUGCUCCACAGCAAUGCCCUUUGCUUUUUGUACAAGGGAGAAGCUUCCAUGGACAGAGUUUGCUGAAUCUGCUGAGAAUGGAAUAACAACCAAAUUCUGCCAGGAGGUAAGCAAUGGGCAGCAAGCCAAUUUUCUGUUUUUAUUUUUGUUUAUCCCCAUUACAUUUCAUCUUGACCAACACAUUCUUACUAUUGUCACAAUUGUUAAAGGGACACUUCAGGCACCCAGACCACUUCUGCCCAUUGGAGUGGUCUGGGUGCCAACUCCCACUACCCUUAACCCUGCAAGUGUAAUUAUUGCAGUUUUUUAUAAACUGCAAUAAUUACCUUGCAGGGUUAACUCCACCUCUAGUGGCUGUCUACUAGAAACUUCCUGGUUUCCUCCAGCGUCGCUCAUUUCCCCAUAGGAAAGAAUUGAAAUGCAUUUUCAAUGCUUUCCUUUGGGGAGCGCUAAUGCGCAUGCGCGGCAUUGCCGUGCAUGAGCUUUAGGUCUCCCCGGCCGGUGGGCGGGAUCAGUCUCGCCCACCGGCCGACGCAAUCAGAGGGAGGAGUAGCGCAGAGGAAGAAGCAGCGACGUGGGACAUCGUCGCUGCCUCAGGUAAGUUACUGAAGGGGUUUUCACCCCUUCAGCAACCGGGGAUUGGGGGGUGGGAGGGAGAGGGGACCUGCAGUGCCAGGAAAACAAGGGAGUUUCCCUUUAAGAUCAUUGAAACAUGUGACACAAAAUGUACAAUUCCUUUGUCAAGUCUCAAUAUUUUCUGGUUUUGUGAAUAACCUUGAUAAGUAAUCCAGUUACAGUGGGAUAUAUUCCAACUCCUACUUCCUGCCUGUUUAGUAUACAGUUAUAAGUUAAACAUAUUCAAAUCGCAGCAUUAUCUCCUAUAAUCGUUAUGCACUAAAUGUUGAGUGAACUAUAUUUAUACUGACUGUGCAUCAUAGGAAAUGUAGUCCACAAAUAUCACUGUUGAAGGUGAUAUCCACGACUCCAAAUCACUUAACCUUAAAAUGUCUGUCUUUAUAUUAAUCACCUAAGUUAAAUUUUAAAUUAUAUAAUAUAUAUUUUUUUGGUAAAAUAAAGUAUAUUGUACAGCAAUGCAGUCAUGAGGACAAUGGCAGCCUGUAACACCCUGUGUAGUACAGAUACCUGGUUUAGCCAGAUAACUGUAUGUUACAUAGUUUAGGUCCUGCAAGAAAUAAAGGCUCCAUUUAUAUUGAUAAUGUAUAUUUUAAAUGGUGUCCUCUAUGUAUAUGUUAUUCCUCUUUAUGAAGCUAUGGUACUGUGUAAGUAAUGACAUUUUCACAAUGACUUAUUCAAGAAAUUGAUUUACAGCACAGGUUUGUAAAACCUUGGUCUCCAAUGUUAACUCAAAUUAAGAAUUUUCAAAGGCAGUAUUCUUUUCAAGCACAUAAUAGCUGAUUGCAUUCCAUUUGAAGUAACAAAGUGACAUCAUGGUAACCAGGGCCAGGCUGGGAAAAUUCGUCCCGGGCAUUUUUUUUAUCACAGCGGCCCACUAAAAGGGGGGUGUGGCAGAGAGGGUGUGUUUUGUCAUCACCAAUGACAAACACGCCUCCUCUCAAAGUGAGCAUGUACAAUACUCUUCCAGUAGCGACCAUGCGCAGAACUCGGCUAAAGAGCUCUAGCAUGAGAAAAGGGCCCUGUAUUUGUUCUGCACAGUGCAAGCAAAUUUAAUUGCAUGCUUGCACUGUGUUUCCUUGCAACCUGUCUCUGGUGUCUCUAUAAAUGGGAUAACAGGAGACAAAAGUGCCAGGAAAGAGUCUAGUGCAUGUGUUUGAAGCCUGCUUGUGGGAUUGCGUGUGUGUAGAGUGAGCUGAUUAUGGUGUGGUAUUGUGUAAUAAGGUCGGUUUUAGUCGUGUUGUGUUUGUGGUGUAAUGUAAUUCAUAUGUGGCUUGGGGCUGUAGCAAGUGUGUGCAUAUGGGCUAAAGUGUGUGUGUGUGCAUAUGGGCUAAAGUGUGUGUGUGUGUGUGUGUGUGUGUGUGUAUAGGUGAUGUAGUGUUUGUAGGGGUUGUAUGUUUAGGGAAUGUAGUAUAUGUUUGCUUACAAGGAAUCUAGUGUGUGUAUAGGGGAUCCAGAGUGUAUAUGUUAGGAAUGUAGUGUGUGUGUAGGUGGUGCAGUGUGUGUGUGUGUAUAGGGGUCUAGUGUGUAUUUGAAGGACCCAAAAUGUGUAUAGGAGAUCUAGUGAGUGUGUGUAAAUUGAGGAUUCAGAGUGUAUAUAGGGAUGUAGUGUGGUGCAAUGUGUUGGGCGGACUCUGUGUGUAUAUGUGAGGGGUGCAAUGGUGGUGUGUAAAGGGUGCAGUGAGUAUGUGAGGGGUGCAGUAUGUGUGUGUGUGUGUGUGUGUAUGUAUGUGAGGGGUAAAGUGUGUGUGAGAGGGGUGCUGUGUGUGAGGGUGUUGUGUGUGAGAGUGCUGUGUGUAAGGGUGAUGUGUGUAAGAGCAAUGUGUGUGAUUGUGCUGUGUGUGAGAGUGUUGUGUGUGAGGGUGAUAUUUGUGAGAGUGCUGUGUGUGAGGGUGCUGUGUGCAGGGCCGGACUGGAACAAAAAUUUAGCCCAGGCAUUUAAUGGCAGAAGAGCACUCAGAGGGCUGUGGCCCAAGAGGGUGCAUGUUGUGUCAUCACCAAUGACAUUCAUGCCUCUCCAAAGUGGGCACAUUUGUUUAAUACUCCUUAGGCCAGUCCAUGUGUAGCGUGGGGCUGAUAGGCAACGUGUGUGUGAGGGGGUGACAAUAGGGGAUGUUGUGUGAGGGCAGAAUAAGAUCUAGAGUGUGAAAGGGGGAAAUGGGGCUGCAGAAAGUGAGAAUGGACAUGGGGCUGCAUAGAGAGAGAAGGGGUCAUGGGGCUGCAGGGUGUGAGAGGGGACAAUGAGCUGCAUGGUGUGAGAGAGGACAUGGUACUGCAUGGUGUGAGAGGGAACAUGGGGCUGCAGGGUGUUGAGAAGGGACAUGGGGCUGCAGGGUGUGCGAAGGGGACAUGGGGCUGCAGGGUGAGAGAUGGUGUCAUGGGGCUUCUGGUUGUGAGGGAGAAAGAGGCUGCAGGGUGUGAGAGGGGACAUGGGGCUGCUUUGUGAGAUGGGGACAGGGGCUGCUGGGUGAGAGGGGGGACAUAGGGCUGCUGGGUGAGAGGGGGGGGGACAGUGGCUGCUGGGUGAGAGGGGGGGGACAGUGGCUACUAUAACACAGUGUAGAUGGUAUAUAUAAUCACUUACCAUAUAAUAAGGUGAUGAGGGGAGGUAAAUAAUGCUUUAUCAUUUUGUACAUUCCUUUUAAUGUCUUCUAACCUGUGUUGUGUAAUCAGCUGGCCAGGAAAUACAACAUGGUCAUCAUAUCUCCAAUCCUGGAAAGGGACGAGUCCCAUGGCGAUGUUCUGUGGAACACGGCUGUCGUCAUAUCAAACACCGGAGCUGUUCUAGGGAAAAGUAGGAAGAACCAUAUCCCUAGAAUAGGAGACUUUAAUGAGGUGAGUAACUUGGACACCUCUAAAUAUUGAUGGUUUACUAAUGAUAUUCAAUUUUACAUGAUGAUAAUCACACUUAAUUACAGUGGAUAAUGGUCUUUGAGGCAGGAGCCUUCUAUUCCUGCGUAUGCAUAUUCAUUGUAUCUUCUAUUAUAAUUCAUAUUUAGCAAUUAUAUUGCCAUACUUCUCCCUUAAAGCAAUGCAAAGAGCUUAAUAAACGGAUAUGAAAAUACAUAUUGAUGAACGCUUAUGAGUGCAGGGCAUUUUACAGUCCUCCCAUACUCUUUCCCUGAGUAGUCAAUGAGGUUUGCACUGAUAAAACAUACCCAUUACUGAAAUGGUAAGGGAUAGAAGCUACACAGCACAUAUGUGUACAGUAUGUUGUGCAACCUUUGAUUAAGGCAAGCAAUGACAUACCAUAAUUUUACUUAGGCCAAACAUGCAUCUUUCUGUCUGUCUCCACCUCCCAUGCCUCCCCCAUCUGUCAGUCCCUACAUUGGCUUACCUAAGAUAUAGGGCUAAAUUUAAGAUCCUGGUACUUGCUUACAAAUCUAAACAUAAUGCUGCUUCGACCUACCUAUCCUCACUAAUACACCAAUAUAUCCCAUCUAGGCCACUACGCUCUCCGGAAGACCUACGUCUAACCUGUGUUCGUACUCCUGCCUCUGAUGCUCGCCUUAAAAAGACUUCUCUAGGGCUGCACCGUUCCUAUGGAACGCCCAUCCCCUCUCUGUUAGACUUUCACCCAGUUUCCACUCCUUCAAAAAAAUCUAUGAAAACUAACUUCUUCGGGAAAGCAUAUCAGUUAAACCGUCAACAGUUUUCCCUCCCCGCACCCUGAUUCCUCUCCUGCAACUAUGAUCAAAACAAAAUACCAAGCCUUCAAUGAAUACUAUCUUAGCAACUAAACUUGUGAUCGGACUCACCCAUGAGGAAUAUAAACGCUGCUGGCAUAGUAGGCAGCAAAUGCUGCAAAUGGUGUUGCCAACAUAUACAUCUUGCAAAACAAACAAAAAAAAAGCCUGAGGUAAAUAAAAAUGCGGUGCUUAUGUGAGAACAGAGAUAGAAGCCUCUCAAGGCUCAUCGAUAGAUGCCAAAUUAAGCUCUACUUGAGAGCUUGCAUAUUUUAUUAUGCCAUAUGAAUGGUAUCACUAACUAGGCCUAGUGCGAGCUUGAUUUUCAUAUGAAAAUAUCUUCCUACAGUAUCUCUGAGAAUAAAGUGGGUGCUGACUGCUGACAACAGCCUGUUAAUAGACGAAAACAUUGGAAUAGUUCUGAUAUGAUUAGCUCUCAAAGAGCACAGCAAAGUUUUAAAAUAAGCUUUUAGUGUCAUGCUUGCCUACUCUGACUUCAUAUUACCCUGAUUUCUCCAGUAACUUUAGUUUAAAAGACAACAGCCAAAGGGAUUGAAAAUGUUUUUGGUAUUAUUUUUACUUUUGGAAUCAGAAAGCAAACAAAAUAAAAAUUGCUUUAUAUUUCUGAGAUAGUUGUGUUUAAAAAAAAAUGUAGGCCAAAUAUCAAUGUUUCUUCUGAAUUUACAACAAAAUUAGUCCCCAUGUACUAAUUCCCCUUUCCCCUCUAUUAGAAAUAAUAAAAAAAACAAAAAACAAAGCUCAGCAUUAUAAAUAUAAAUGGGUUUUAUACGCGGGUCCAGAUAACAACUAGCAGAAAUAUUCCCUCAGUUAAUGUGCAAUCUCUUUUUUUUUUUUUCUUGGUCUUUUUUCCAGUCUAGCUACUACAUGGAGGGAAACACAGGCCACAAAGUGUUUCAGACAGCAUUUGGGAAGAUUGCAGUAAAUAUCUGCUACGGGCGCCACCACCCCCUCAACUGGUUCAUGUACAGCAUGAAUGGAGCAGAGAUCAUUUUCAACCCUUCAGCUACAGUUGGGGAGCUUAGGUAAUGAAACAUGGCAGUCUGUUUGUUUUGCUCAGUAAUUAGAAAUGGUAACAACAAUAUUUGGAGAUGAGAGCAGAGCCUAUGCUUGUAUUUAUUUAACUUAAUGGCAGGGGCAUGUGUGUAUUUGUCACUCCACUAAAAUAGCCUUUUUGGUAUUACAGCAAGGGGGUAUAUUGUUUUCUGAUUAGAAGUUGUCAAGUUGCUUGAUUGUGUAAUGUUUCAGUAUUAAACACUGCACUUAUGGAAUUUAACCCCUUGGCUGGUAGAGGUGUAACUUCAACUUUGGCAGUGCGGCAGCAUCAUGGGGUGUCAUCCUUCAGGUCUGAACUAGAGUUCCGGGCUGGAUAAUGUUGUUGUAGAAUUAUUAGGCCUCUAUAAAUCUGUAAGGCCCCUUUAAAUCCUCUUGCUAUACCUCUAAGAGGCCCCCAUAGUUUUACAAGAAAGCUUUGUCUAUAGAACAUAGAAUUUGCAUGCCAGCAAGAAAUAGCUUUGAUAAAAUGUGUAUUUACUAAAAGCCUUGAAACCUAACCUUGAGAAACUAACAAGUGCCAGCUACGCUCUAAAUGGAUAGCUGCCAAAAGGCCCCUCCCGUCGAGUGAGCUCCUCAUGUUAGCAAAAUGGCGCUAAAACCUGGAGGAGAAAAAGCAUGACGUGGAUAGUGACCUAAGAAUGGGGAGGGCAUUUUACUAACAUCUUAGCACCUAAGCCAAUUAACAAUGUCUAUUUGUCUAUAUCUUGAUUUUAUUCAAUGAUGUAAUAAUGCCUUUAAAAGGGUCUGCGCACCCAUUUUCUGUCAGAAGCCAUUAAACUUCUCCGAAGUUCUUUCAUUAACCUGAACUCUGUGUCUCAGUGUGAAUUUACUUCUGCGUGCACGCAACUUUAUUAUCUUUAAUUUGGACAGGAACAGAUAGUCAUUCAAACUAAUUGGUUUGCAGUAAAUUAUCUACUACAAAUUGGCGCCCAUAACGUGGGGCUCUGGGCUAUGUCCUGCCUGGGCAGCUGUCCAAGAAGACGCUGGGGGGGCUGAAUCCUGGGGGAAGGAAAAGAGCCUGAUCACCUCUGAGUACACGGUAGAGAUUGCUGCAGCACCUAGCCGGUAUGUUCCUGCCCCUGUGAUUGACCUAUCCCAGUGUCUGUGACUGCUGCCGAGAGGACAUCAAAGUCAGGUAAUAACUUGCCCAGAGUCUUUGUAUUGUUAAUGAUACCUAGUUUACCUGCAUGUUGACUAUCUGUUGCCUGGGUGUGUUUGUAUUGGUAUGUGUUUAACUUAGUACCCGGGGAGUGUAAGUGCCUGUUUAACUCCUUUUAGGUACCACGUGGCUGUGGUAGUAAGGAAAAAGGGGGGUGGACCUGUGGAAGUUUUCCUGGGGGUCCUCUAUUGCCUGUUUAACUCUUUUAGGAGCCACGUGGCUGUGGCUGUAAGGAAAAAGAGUAGGGGGAAUCUGUGGAGGAUGAUGUAGACUCAUUGCUUCCUGGGGGUUCCCCAGAGUGUCACUUUGACCGCUUAGCUAGCCUCAUCGGACACUUCUUCUUGGUAAAAUUCCAGCCUCGAGCGCUGAGGCAGGUAAGAUUCCAAUUCUUUAGGCUAUACAGGAUUCGGGUUGGAAGCUGUUGCUGUUUCCUGUGGCUGCUGGUAGUGAGACUUGCGGGUGGGUCCGCAACAGGGACACUACGAGGUUGAGGGAGGUGGCUUUUGGCCACACGAGUAAAGGCAAGGGAUAAAACUGUUGAACUUAUUUGAACUGUGAUGCAUGCACUGUAUUUACACUGAAAUGUUAUUGUCUUAAUUGUCUGUCACACAGAUCCCUGUGUUUACUUCUAUCUUACUCACUGUACUAUUUACACUUUCCCCUCCUAUUUCUCUUUCUCUGUUGAGAGAAGUGAUUGGUCACACACUUCUCGCCACGCUCCAAUCCGCGGCUACCACGGGUAGGCGGAAUCAGUGACUAGUCUACGUUUUGGGAAGACGUACUUAAAGAGCUUGCUCUUAAAGUAGCAGUCGAGCACGGUAGACGUUCUGUUCCUUUCUCUCUCUAUAUCUGGGACGCCUUGUAUAGGGAGGAUGGGACAGAAGUUAGAUAAACCCAGUAAGGGUUGGUUAGCAUGUGAUCUAGUGGAAGACAGAGAAGGAGAAGAGAUGGUUAAGAAAGUGAGGAAGAUUGCUAAAGUAUGUGGAAUUACCGUACCUCCGUGCGGCAGAUUGUAGCCAGAGAGCUGGCGUAAGUUACUGAUAGAGAAGAAAGGGGAAGCUGUCGGACCACGAUUUGGUUUGUACAGCAGAAGCCUGGUACCGAGUAGCAAGAGCUAUUCAGCAAAAGGGAUAGGUUGAGGAAGAAAUUGAUCACAAAGGUUUAAGAUUGUUUGUGUAUUAUAAUAAUUGUGUUACUGGAUGCUGAUGGAUCCCUAUUCCCCCCCCCAUCAGUCCUACAGAUCUCGUCACCCUCAUCCUCUCUCUGCAGCUCCCUGCACCUCCAGUCCGUUUCUCCCGUCAAAGAUUUCUGGUUUCCAAACGUAUAAGUCUCUGUCCUUCUGUCUUGUUACUUUCCAGCACUCACAUGGUUAAUCUUCAUGCCUGCAGCUUCACUCCCUUUUUUGCACUGUCUAACUUUCUCCCCCCUCUCCUCCCCGCUUGCCUGCAUUUCUACUGAUAAGAGUUAGAGACAGGAUUUUUGCUGGACAAUAUUCUAAUUCAAAGGUUAUGGUGUUAUAAUUGUGUAAUAAUAUUAUUAUUGUUGCCGUUUAUAUAUAUAUAUAUAUAUAUAUAUAAAUUGUGUUUUGUGAUAAAGUAGUGAGGAUUGUGGGGGAGACACAAGAAUGUAGCUCAGUGUUGAUUUACGGAGGUAAGUGAAUCUGAUACAAGAAUAGAGGAAUAUUUGGACGUGUUAAGUGUAAAGGCAAGCGUGAUUUGUUGCAAAACUAUGCAAUGAGGAUGAUAAGGGAAAUUGGUUGAAUUCCGUGAGUUUAUUUUGCAUCAUUUUAUUAUUUUAAAGUUAUUUUAAAGUACAUGUUUCUAUGGUCAGCUGUAUGGGCUGUUAAAUGCAUAAUGUUUUCAACUGUCUUAUUUAACCUGCCAGGUCUGUUCGUAGUUUAGUAUUUCAUUUUGCAGAACGGAAUGUUGCUUCUCUGACUUAUUUUAAUAGUUAUAAUAUAGUGUAUUGUCGAAAGUGCAUCAGCCACCACCCUAAAGAUGGCGCCUAGUACAGAAGGAGGUUGACCCUGCCAGUCCCGUGACCUAUCUACAGUCACGGUUGCUUCUAAAGUGACGUCACUUCCGCCCUUACCAUGCCCACACCUCCUGUCUUCCUUUCCCACACAUAUCAUGGACGUCACCCCUCUCACUUCCUCCCUUGCUGUCAUUUCCUUCCCCGCCCCUGUCAUGGCUGCCUCCAUCAUGAGGCCUACCCCUAUUAUGCUCGUCCUAUUUAGAGACAUGUUGUUUUCCUUACACUCUACAUAUUAUGAACAGAAACAUUAUAAUUACUAAAACAAUCAUGCCAUUUGUUUCCCUGUAUCAGAAAUUUGUCCGUGAUAAAAAACAAAAAAAACAAAAAGGUUGCUAAAAUGUAAUUUGCAACUGUGGUGUGACCUACAAAUGAGAUCUGUUGGACACGAAUAUAAGAGCAUAACAGCUGAUUAUCCAGAUUAAUCUUGCAACAAGGGAAAUAGCCAAAUAAUGCAAGUUAUUUUAAACAUUGUAUCUUUGCUUAAUCGAAUCUUGCUAGUUACAGAUCGUAUGUUUACAGUAACAUCCUUUAUGUUAAAUGGUGGUUUAGCAUUAGAAGGAUUAGUGACAUGUUUUAUUAACCCAGCCACUACUGGUUGUUUAUUUUAGUUACAGGGUGGUAUAAUUGUUAUAGUCUAAUUAAUAUAAAUGAUAGUACCGCAAUAGUUAAUGUUUUAUCCAAAGACAUUUAGGAACUUUACUUCACUUACUAUUAACCAUUAUUUAUAAUGAUAGACAUGUUCAGACUGCAAAAAGCUAUGGCUAAUGACAUAGAAAGGGGUUUGAGUCAGUAACACAGCCCAUACGGAGGAGAGCAAACCCGCUGAUGCUUAAUGCCCCUGCCAUGGCAGUGUCUACAGGGAACAAGGGGGGCCACUAGCCACUGUAACUUUACCUAUUGAAGGUCACCCUACUACUUUCCUGGUUAACACAGGUGCAGCCCGCAGUGUUCUUAGAGAACAAGACCUGCCUGACUCAUCGUUCCUGCCUGACACCGAUGUCUCUUGUGUUGGUGCUGAUGUCCUAUCCCGCCUCCAAGCAUCCAUCACCCUCACUGCAGACGGCCAGGUUCAAUUAAAUACACCUUUGUCACGAAAAGACACUACAGUUCUUUGUUCCCUUCCCAUUUUACUGUGGAGAUGAUCUACCCACAACAGAACAAUGCUCAAUUAAUCUUCUUUACUAUCUAGCAGAACAAGGAUGUGAAGCUUCACGUCUCAAGCUGCAAUUCUGCCAACCUAUUGUUAUCUUCCUUGGCCAUUGUCUGUCUCAGGGAACCAGACAUCUCACUCGUGACCGAGUUAGAGCAGUACUGGACAUUCCACCUCCAAGGACCUCAAAGUCACUACACGCCUUCCUAGGCCUCAUUUCCUAUUGCCGAGCAUGGAUCCCAGAAGCCUCACUCCUUAUGCAACCUCUCUAUGAUGCUCUCAAGUCAGACCCAUUUUGCUUGUCCACAGAAGCCCUUGACAACUUCUGUACUCUUAAACGUGCUAUUGCUUCUGCUCCUGCUCUUGGCCUACCAGACUAUACCAAACCCUUCAAAUUGUUUGUUUCUGAAAGACAAGGCCAUGCAACAGGAGUACUCACUCAGGCCCAUGGUCCUGGAUGCCGCCAAAGGCCUAUUGGAUUUUUCUCCUGCCAACUGGAUAUUGUGGCCAGAGGACGUCCCACUUGCCUUCGGGCCGUCUGUGCUGCCAAAGAGCUCAUUGAAAGAACUGGAGAUCUUGUCCUUGGCCACCCCCUGGUUGUCUUGGCCCCUCAUGACAUUUCUGCCAUAGUCAACCAGGUCCAACUUAAACAUGUUACUCCUGCUAGGCAUCUUCGCCUUCAAUGUCAUCUUUUGUUGCCUGACCACAUUACCCCUCAAAGAUGUCAAGUUCUCAAUCCAUCCACUCUUCUGCCACUCCCUGAGGGGGGUGUAUACUACGGAUUCAUCAUGGACGAAACUUAUGUUUUUCGAAAUGCAUCCCAACCUAUCCUUUCAUGAUGGACAAGCACUCCUUCAUGACGGAGCAGGAUAUGCCUUCUGUACCAUGUGGUACAAACCAAACAUCACUCCUGAACCCUGCUAUGAAGAUGAACUCUAUCAUCUGGUCGAAGUAAAACUCACUGCACAAGACUUCUACUGUGAUUCUGAAGGCAACAGUAUGGUCUUGAUUCAUCUACCUCCGGAACUCAAGUAUUUGUACCGUCAUUGGGACACUGCCAUUCCACAUGUCCCUGUGACCAAGUUGAAAACAAUAUCAUGGAAUGAUCUUGGGCCUAUGGCAAAAGCAUGGGCCACUAUGGACGAAUCACAGCUGCAGGAAAAUGGUGUCAAAUAUCCAACAACUGACCACCAAAAAGCAUGGCCACGUCAUUUCCUGGAAAAUGAGUUCCAAGAUUUAACCAUAGUAAAUGACUACGACCCAAAUACACCUCAUGACUGUUUUGAACAGAUGAAAAUGGAAACAACACAUCUACCAACUGUGCAUGAAGACCCAUUGGUAGAUCCCGAUCUCACCCUGUUUGUGGACAGCUCAAGAUAUGCUGAUGAAGAAGGAAGAUACCAUACAGGAUAUGCCAUAACCACAACAGAUGAAAUUGUCAAAUCAUCAUCUUUACCAUCAACUAGGUCUGCACAAGAAGCUGAAUUGCAAGCCCUGACUUCAGCAUGCAAGAUCUCUGAAGGAAAGCGCGCCAAUAUCUACACGGAUUCAAGAUAUGCACUGGGCGUGGCUCACGACUUCGGAUUAAUUUGGAAAACAAGAGGAUUUCUUACCACCGCCGGUACACCAAUCAAGCACGGUUCCGCAAUCAAGGAGCUGAUGGACGCCCUCCUACUCCCAGAAGAAGUGGCUAUUUUGAAGAUAAAAGCACAUGGGAAGUUGGACUCAGAUGAAGCAAGGGCAACCAUCUAGCUGAUCAGGCUGCAAAACAAGCUGCAAAAGAACCACAGGAAGUGGAAAGAAGAGUGUCCGGAAAUGAAGAAACUCCCAUAUUUACUCUGCAGACUCUUCCAACUGACCUAAAAAUCCUGCGGGAACAACAGGCUACAGUUGCCCCUGAAGAAAUACAGAAGUGGAAACAGAAAGGGGCAGUUCUGAAGGAUGGAGUGUACUCCAACAACCUCAAGUUCUGCCUCCCUAAGAAUUUGUACCCAGCAGUCGUACAAUGGGCACACGGACCUGCACAUUUAUCAAAGGAUCUAAUGAAUGCUCUUGUACAAAAAUACUACCUCACUGUCCCCAUAUGAGAUUCUAUUUGGGACUGCACCUAGGCUAGGUUGCUAUUUUCCCCAACAACUACAACUUCAAACUGAUGUCUUAGUAGAUUAUGUAACUGAACUCGCAAAUGCUUUAAACAAAAUCCAUGCCCAAGUUUUCUCUUCAAUUCCAGAUCCUGAUUCUGACACAGGCAACCACAGUCUGCUCCCCGGUGACUGGGUUCUGGUCAAGAAAUUUGUGCGAAAACACACCCUGGAACCAAGAUUUGACGGACCGUUCCAAGUUCUCCUGAUCUCCCCUACCUCUGUCAAAUUGGCCGGAAGGCCUAACUGGAUCCACGCUUCCCAUUGCAAGAAGACACCUGCCCCAGAGGAAGCUAACUCUAUGCAACCAUGUGCCUCUGGUACAUUAUCUCCUUAGUUGGCCUCCUUAAAGCCCAGCAGGUGGCCAUCACCAAAGAUGCUAGUGGGUACACUUUCUGGUAUAAUUCAUCAUGUACCCACGUGGCUACAUUCACCUUUGAUUACUGUGAUAUUGUAGAAUGCCCAUUCCCUAAGUCACAGAUUCAAGCCAUUUAUAAAGAUAUACCACAAGCAAAAGACCCUUACGUUUGUGUAGUAGAUGAACAAUGGGGUUAUGACUGUAACUACUGGGGGGCUGCGGGAUGGAAUACUGGGCCUGCCUGGGGUUAUAAACCCAAAAGUGCUUUAUCUAAGAUAGACAAUCAGGGUAGAUCCCUCCUUCAAAGAAUGACUUUAAGAAAGCCUGGAGGAAGUACCCCUAUGAAAUUAAUGUUAAAUAUUGAACAUCCUGGCCCCGAGGAUAAAGACCGAUAUGUAAUGGGAAUGUAUUGGACGAAAGGUUCCUACAACAAAUUAGGUCAUUUCUACCUCAGAGAUAUGUACCACUCUCCAGAGUGGCAAGGGGCUGAUCAUAUGGCCCCAAAUCCGCUAAAACCACAUAUCCAGUCCUUUACAGAUAUGAUGGCCAUCGCUAACCCCACUUUUGAAGAUACCAUGGCCGCUGAAACUGGAUUCAAUGACAUUAAUUUGUGGUUAGAAUGGAUGAGGUAUAAUGCCAACAAACAUAAUAAAACAGCAUGUUAUGUAUGUGGCGGUGCCCGACCCCACCUUGGCACCGUCCCCCUAAUUCUCCCUUUAGAGAUAGAAGAUUGCUUCUUAAGCCUUUUUGCCUACCAAUAUGACUUUAAUAGGUCCCUCUGCAUGGCAUGGACGGCAGAAUACCCUCUCUUAGUUGAAAAUGUUAAGCCACCAGAUGGAAUCACAGUCUAUAGAGGUAAUUACACUUGUUAUGCCAUGUAUGACGGGAUUGGUAAAUUCAUGGGUAAUUUUUCUAAAGGUUAUUGCGCCACUUACAGAACUGUUCCUAUACGCCUGUUGCAACACCAUACCAGGUCAUUGGGGGAUAUUUACUGGUUAUGUGGGGAUCUACAGUUAAGAUCUAGGCUGGAAACUGAGUGGUGGGGUGAGUGUACCCUGGCCAAAGUUAUCAUGCCCAUUCAUAUUAUCUCUGAUAAUCAUCAUGACACAUACGACCCUCCACAUACAUCAGCCAGAGUAAGGCGUGAAACCCCAGUAAAAGGCAGUUUUGACCCCCACAUUUACAUAGAUGCCAUUGGGGUGCCUAGGGGGGUACCUAAUGAAUUUAAAGCUAGAGAUGAAGUAGCUGCAGGUUUUGAAUCACUUUUUACCAUAGUCACUGCCAACAAAAACCUUAAUUGGAUUAAUUAUAUCUAUUACAACCAACAGCGCUUCGUGAACUACACCAGGGAUGCCCUCCAGGGCUUGGCCGAGCAAUUACAGGCCACAUCCCAAAUGACCUUCCAGAACAGACUGGCCUUAGACAUGAUCUUAGCCGAAAAAAAGGGGGGUCUGUAAAAUACUUCCCGACACUAUGACUUGUUGCACUUAUAUCCCAGAAAACACAGGUCCUAAUGGUAAAGUCACUCUGGCCAUAGCUAAAUUAAAUAGACUCUCAGAAGAGUUAAAGAGAAACUCUGGAGUUACUGAUCCCUGGGAAAAAUGGUUUGGUUGGAUGACUGGUUGGCAGAGAGCUUUAGUCCAGAUUGGUAUUGCCUUACUAAUUUUUCUUUUUAUUCUCGCUCUUCUCAUUUGUUGUGUCCUCCCAUGCCUAAGGAAAUUCCUGCAGAAAACCGUAGACCAAGCAACACCAACCUUCACUCAUCUGACAAUCGAUGAUCAAGAUCUCACAUCACCCUGUAUUCCGCUACAAACUCUCCCUUAUACUGAUGAAGUGCAGAAAGUCUAGGAAGGGACAGUACAGGGACAGCGUCCGUCUUUAUGGGUAGACUGCCGUACGGAGAAGUAGUGGAUAAGCCACUAUGGGUUACCAGCGGAGUGAAGAGUGUUCCUGAACCGUACUGACGGAUGUGCUGCAGCCUGUUAGGGUCAAGAGAGGGAUAGACUUGCACUUUGCAUUAACACUAAGUCAGCGGUCAUGGGGUUUCUGUGUCUUUGGGCUAACACAUCUUCUGAUACUAACAAAUAAAGUUUUGUCUUUUAGCAAAUAACAUUUUAGGGGGGACUGUUGUAGAAUUAUUAGGCCUCUAUAAAUCUGUAAGGCCCCUUUAAAUCCUCUUGCUAUACCUCUAAGAGGCCCCCAUAGUUUUACAAGAAAGCUUUGUCUAUAGAACAUAGAAUUUGCAUGCCAGCAAGAAAUAGCUUUGAUAAAAUGUGUAUUUACUAAAAGCCUUGAAACCUAACCUUGAGAAACUAACAAGUGCCAGCUACGCUCUAAAUGGAUAGCUGCCAAAAGGCCCCUCCCGUCGAGUGAGCUCCUCAUGUUAGCAAAAUGGCGCUAAAACCUGGAGGAGAAAAAGCAUGACGUGGAUAGUGACCUAAGAAUGGGGAGGGCAUUUUACUAACAUCUUAGCACCUAAGCCAAUUAACAAUGUCUAUUUGUCUAUAUCUUGAUUUUCUUCAAUGAUGUAAUAAUGCCUUUAAAAGGGUCUGCGCACCCAUUUUCUGUCAGAAGCCAUUAAACUUCUCCGAAGUUCUUUCAUUACCCUGAACUUUGUGUCUCAGUGUGAAUUUACUUCUGCGUGCACGCAACUUUAUUAUCUUUAAUUUGGACAGGAACAGAUAGUCAUUCAAACUAAUUGGUUUGCAGUAAAUUAUCUACUACAAUGUCAAUUAUAUGCAAAUUGUUUUGAACAGUAUGCAUUCAUUGGCUCUGC